CUUUCUUUUAUUAUAAAACUCUACUAUUUCUCAUCAAUCAUAAUAUCACCACAAAACUAUUUUACAGUACACUUGAAAAAGAUAAGUUUAUUGGAUCAAAAAAAUGGCAUCUGAAAGCAAUCGAUGUCAUAUUGCCUUCGAAAUUCUGUUGGCUAUCCUUUUGCCUCCUCUUGGUGUUUGCCUUAGAACUGGCUGUUGCAGUUGUGAGAUGUUGAUAUGUGUAUUGUUGACAUUGCUGGGAUACAUUCCCGGGAUCAUCUAUGCCAUCUAUGUGAUCGCGGUGCAGCCGCAGCCCAUCUCUUCGGAAGGCCCAUACCACGCACUUCCUCAGUAGAUUGACACGGAACACUCGGUUUCGCAGCAUUGUAGAAGAUAUUUUUGAUUUGGUUGUAUUGUUUAUGUUCCUUCCAUCUUUGAAUCGUAAUUUUUGUUUAUGUUUGGAUCUUCAUCUGUUGUACCAAAAGAUGCCAGAGUUUUUGACAUGUUGGGAGUUGUUGUAUGUCUCAUUUUAGGUCAAAUACGAAGUAUAUUUGGUUAUAUUCUUGCCUUGAGUUGAUACAACCGUUGCUAUAUAAUUAAUUGUGUACGAUGGAUAAGAGAUUCAAAUUUUCUUUUUCUAUUUGUAAUUUGUAAUGCGAAUAUUUGGAACCGAAUAAAAGGAAACCCAAAUUGUUUGA